UGGUGCCGGUGAAAAUCAGUCCUCCAGACUUUCAACAUGUCAGGCUGUAAGAAGCCGCGAGCUGUUGCAAACCCGCUGGAAUCGACCAUUACAUCUUCGAAUGAAAGAAUACUGAAAGAAUGCCACACUUUAUAUAUCGACAACGACAACGGAUUGGUGAAAAUUGCAGAGAGUUUGGGAGUGAGGCUGUUUCCGCCACGGAAAAAGAUUAUAGUUAUGAUUAUGGGAAACCAUUCUGCUGGAAAAAGCUCUUUUAUUAACUGGUAUGUGGAGGAGCACAUACAGAAGACAGGUGUUGCCAUUGAGACACAAGGCUUCACAUUUAUAACAAGUGGAAGAAAACGAGAGUCACUAACAGGAAAUGCAACAUUACAUCUUUACCCGCAUUUCAGACCUCUGCUGGAGUUCAAAGGUGUCACGGAUUACCUGAGCGCUGAGAUUUCCACCUCCAAACAGAAGAAGUUCAGCCUGGUGACGUUUGUGGACACUCCAGGUUUGGUGGACGGAGAUAUGGUGUGCCCUUUCGAUGUCAACAGUGCCAUCACCUCUUUUGGUGAGCAGGCGGACCUCAUCUUUGUGUUUUUUGACCCGAUGGGACAGGCAUUGUGCAAGCGUACAUUGAACAUUGUUGAGAAGUUGAGUGAGAAGUGUGGAGACAAACUGCGCUUUUACCUGAGCAAAGCUGACGAGGUUGGACGAGAAACGGACAGACAGCGAGUGAUGAUGCAGAUUGUCCAAGAGCUGUGCCGGAGACCUGGACUCAACAAAUGUGGCUUCGAAAUGCCCACGAUAUACAUCCCCAACCCUCAAAAACCCAGCAGAUGCAUCAACCAGAUUGAUGAGGUUUGUGAGACCAUUGAGAAGAGCAUAAACCAGGCAGUGCAAAAAACACUUGACCAGCUGGAGAAAGACUGUAACCUGAUCAUCUCUACCAUCAACCAUACACUGGAACAGGACCGGAUGAAUGUGAGCAGCAAUAAAAGUAAUCGUUUUAAUUAUUUCCUGUGUGGAGUUGUGGGAAUCUUCCUUCCAUCGCUCUUCAUCCUCUGUAUUAUUCCAAGUCAAUUUUUGCCAUGA